GGACAGUAAUAAUAAUGCUUUGGGAGGGAGGGAGUCGAGUGACUGCUGAUGGGAAACACCUUCCUUUUUUGGAUACUGGCUGUCGACGUCGAUGUCAUUGUCCUCGUCCUUGUCGUCCUCGUCGUCGCCUUUGUAGUUUUCUGUUGCGACGAUGGCAACGUCGCAGACUUCACUUUCGUUUACCUCUCCAUCCUCUCCUGCAGCCCCCGCAAAACUCAGACCUCCCCAGCUUCCACUUCCUUCGUCCAAUUUCGGUGCUGUCCCUGUGCAGCGUCUGCAAGACAGUGGUGCCACUCUAAAGAGAUCCAAAAGCGUGGGUGCGAACCGCGGUCGGGGUUCGAGCUCGAGCAUCCACGGUCGUUCAAGUACUUCAAUCGCUAGUCAUUACAACCAGGGUUCCACUUCUCUUCAUAUUCGAGACCUUCCUCUCUCCUCUCCGCCCACCAUAACCGUCUUCCAGGUCCCCCCAAUACCAAGCACAACACAUGCCGGUGGAAUAUUGCCAUCUGCUCCCUUUUUCAGACCCUCCAGGCCGAUUCAUUCCCGCCCUUCCUCUCCUUCCGUAACUUCACAUGAGGCACUCCCUGCUUCCAACCCUGCAGUCCCUGAGCAGUAUCCCCUAGCUUCCCUGCGGCGUCCUUCGUCUCAUGAUUCCGACUUGGCGAGCGCCGACAUUUCAGGGUCACUCAAAGGACUGGACCACUUCACAAAGCGACUGAAACAUAGUCGAGAACCUCUGCUCCCCAUUAGCCAUCGAUCACAUUCAAGGAGCAUUAAUAUACCCUCGCGCUCUCCAACGAAUGAUCCAUCAUCACAGUGGAACAGUACUGGUAUUCGAGUGCGAACCAGUGUCGAACGCAUUUUUCGAGGCUUCAGCUUUGACUCCUUUCGUAAUAAGUCAAACUCAAGCCCCCACACCUCGCGAUUCUCUUCUACCGAACAUUCGCAUGCUCCUGGUGGUGAAUACUCUACUACAUACUUACCACAGAAAUCCUUGACACGUCCACUUGCGGAAAUUUCGUCGAGUGGACCAUCGUCCUACUCUCCGACACCCAACCAAAUAUUCAUUGCCGAGCCUCCCAAGUCAAUACCCCCACUCUCUGCUGUACCGGUACGUCCGCUGAAACGGAAUUAUCAGCAACAUCCUUCUCGGAAUAGAUUCUUCUGUGGUGGCCGCUUGAUAACCGGAGGGGACUCACCAUGGGCAUUCGUGGCAUCGCUCACCGUUGUUUGUGUAAUCUCGGGGGUCUGGUUCGGAAAUACAUGUGUCUGGUGGUGGCGCAAUGAAAGCCCUGCAGUUGCAGCUGUAGGAGCGUACAUGUGUUUACUCACGGUCUCAACUAUGCUCACCACCGCAUUUCGUGACCCUGGGAUUCUGCCGCGAAAUCUUGAUCCUGACCCACCACUUCCCGCAGUCUCUCCUUCCGACGGUGGUGUGCGGAUUCCGCUUCCAAGGGAUCUUAAGGUUCGAAAUGACUUCGUGCGGGUCAAGUACUGCUCGAGUUGCAAGACGUAUCGCCCACCGCGGUCAAGCCAUUGCAAAAUGUGUGACAAUUGCGUUGAUGGCUGUGACCAUCAUUGUCAAUGGGUGAACAACUGUAUCGGGCGACGCAACUACACGUUCUUCUUCGCCUUCUUGUGUUCUGCCGUUUUGACGCUCUGUCUCGUGAUUUGCACGUCUGCUAUACACCUAUACCUUCUUACACGAAGAAAUCACGAAAAUCUUCGACACGCUGUGGUUGACGGGAUAGGGAGCGCGAUAGCUUUCUCCUUAUCGAUUAUUGUCAUAUGGCCAGUGACCGCGCUGCUGGCGUAUCAUAUGAGGCUGCUGUUUUUGAAUAUCACUACCAUAGAACAAAUUAGGAAUCAAGCUCACAAGUCACUCGAACCUGGUGUUAGGCCCACUAACCCAUUUUCAUACGGGUCGUGGCGGUCAAAUCUGGCCGAGGUCCUGUGUCGGCCGGCAGGACUGUCAUGGCUGGACGCACGCGGCUAUUUGACUGAAGACAAACGACGAAUCAAUCCCGGUUUGGACGACGUGGGAUUGGGAUGGGACGACGCAGAGGGCAAUGGUCAGAGGACCACUGAGGAGUGAGCCAGUGCUCGUAGCCUCAUGUCUAUGGUACAAAUUUUACCCAGCCAUAAUACAUAUACACUACACGGAUAUUUUAAACCUCUGAGGCGUCCAACAAGUG